UGCUAUGGUAGUGAGGACCUGGCCUUCUCCAUCAGUGAGUCCAUCAAGCUGUGUGUGACGGUGGUGGCCUACGCCCCAGAGUCUUUCAGGAGCCUACAGAUGCUGAUGGUGCUGGAGGCCCUGGUGCCAUGUUUUCUCCAGAAGCUGAAGAGCAACACCAUGACCAUGGAGUCAGCCUCGGCAGCGCGGGACGAGAUCGCCGCCAUCGCCGCCCUGGCCACCUCCCUGCAGGCCCUGCUCUACAGCUCAGAGACCCUCACACGGCCUAUGACUGCCCCCCAGUUGAGUCGCUGUGACCAGGGACACAAAGGUGCAACGACUGCCAACCACGCCAUGUCUGGAGGGCCCAACACCAGUCGCCUUGUGUCCGGCAUCAGGGACAACCUUCACCUGUUGGAGGAGGGCCAGGGGAUGCCUCGCGAGGAGAUGGACGAGCGUAUCGCCCGCGAGGAGUUUCGCCGGCCCCGGGAGUCCCUCCUGAACAUCUGCACUGAGUUCUACAAGCACUGCGGCCCGCGCCUCAAGAUCCUGCAGAACGUGGCUGGGGAACCCCGUGUCACCGCCUUAGAGCUGCUGGACAUCAAGUCCCACAUGAGAUUGGCAGAGAUCGCCCACUCCCUCCUCAAGCUGGCCCCCUACGACAGCCUGACCAUGGAGAGCCGAGGCCUGCGGCGCUACGUCACUGGGAUGCUGCCCAUCACCGAUUGGUCGUCCGAGGCCGUGCGGCCCGCCCUCAUCCUCAUCCUGAAGCGGCUUGACCGCAUGUUCAACAAGAUCCACAAGAUGCCUACGCUCAGGAGACAGGUGGAGUGGGAGGCGGCCAGUAGUCUGAUUGAAGGUAUCUGUCUGACUCUCCAGCGUCAGCCAAUCAUCUCCUUCCUCCCUCACCUCCGCUCCCUCAUCAAUGUCUGUGUCAACCUGGUGAGGACCCGUAUCUGUCCCCCUCUACCCUUCAGCACAGCAGUGGUCCGCCUGGUGGCUCUGCAGAUACAGGCUUUGAAGGAUGACUUCCCCCUGAGCCAUGUGAUCUCCCCCUUCACCAAUCAGGAGAGGCGAGAGGGCAUGCUGCUCAACCUGUUGAUUCCAUUCGUGCUGACAGUGGGUUCAGGGAGCAAAGACUCCCCACACCUGGAGCAGCCUGAGGUCUCUCUGCUCCUACAGACGGUCAUCAACAUCCUCCUCCCCCCGCGCAUCAUCAGCACGUCCCGGACCAAGAACUUCAUGCUGGACACGUCCCCCGCCCACUGCUCCACCCCGGGGGACCAGGGCAAGGACCUGAGGAGAGAGGGCCUGGCCGAGUCCACCAGUCAGGCUGCAUACCUGGCUCUAAAGGUGGUGUUGGUUUGUUUUGAGCGGCAGCUGGGGAACCAGUGGUAUCGCCUCCCUGCAGGCCAAGGAGAUGUCUCUGAGGAAGGUGGGAGGCCUGGCCUUCUGGGACUUCAUAGAUUUCAUAGUGCGUACCCUUCCCAUCUUCCCCAUUCUUUAUCCUGCUGCCCUGUCCCUAUUAUCCAGUGCAAGCUCCUGACCCAGCCAGCAGACUCCCAGGAGGAGAUCACGGCCCGCCACCACAUCGCUGACCAGCUGGAGCGUCGCUUCAUCCCCCGCCCCUCUGCAAGAGCUCCCUGUUCGCAGAGUUCAACAACGAGCUGA